GUUCGGCUGUUUGAUUGGAUAGUGAGGUUCCUUACACUCUCCUCUGUACCUUUGGGAUUUGUUCUUUGUCCUACCCUUUCCAGAUAGAUAGAUUCAGAUUCCUCAUCAGAGACGUCCUAAAUACGAAGUCGCUCAAUUGGACUGAUACCAUCUCUUGUCUCCAUUAACAUUUUGCUCAGAAUGCAGUGCUCCCAAUUGCUGAAGAUCCUCAAGGUGUCCGUGAGAGCAUUCCACAAAGAUUACAGAGUACCAGCCCCUCAGAACUUUUCAAACUAUGAAUCUGUUAAACGAGAUUUCAAAAUAGAGGUACCGGAGUAUUUCAACUUUGCUAAAGAUGUUUUGGAUCAUUGGGCCAAGAUGGAGAAGAUUGGAAAGAGACCAUCCAACCCAGCCUUCUGGUGGGUAAAUGAUAAUGUAGAGGAAGUGAGAUGGAACUUUCAGGAGCUGGGAUCUUUGUCUAAAAAAUUGGCCAAUGUCCUUACCAAAUCCUGUGGUCUGGAAAAGGGAGACAGGGUAAUGGUAAUUUUACCUGCAAUUCCAGAAUGGUGGCUAACAAAUGUGGCAUGUCUACGAACAGGCACUGUCUUAAUUCCUGGAACCACCCAGCUGACUGAAAAUGAUCUGCUGUAUAGGCUACAAACUUCCAUGGCAAAGUGCAUUAUUACCAAUGAUACUUUUGCUACGACAGUGGAUUCCGUUGCCCAAAAGUGUACAAUUCUGAUGUCCAAGUUAAUUGUUUCUGAGAAGCCUAAAGAAGGGUGGAUAAACCUCAAAGAAUUGAUGAAACAUGCAAGUGAUGACCACAGCUGUGUGAAGACCAGACACGAUGAAACAAUGACCAUCUAUUUUACUAGUGGGACCACUGGCUUUCCUAAAAUGACAGAACACACACACAGCAGUUAUGGUUUAGGAUUAUCGAUGAAUGGAAGGUACUGGCUGGAUUUGACCCCUUCCGAUAUAAUGUGGAAUAUGGCAGACACAGGCUGGGCAAAAUCAGCUUGGAGUGGUGUUUUUUCUCCAUGGAGCUUAGGAGCUUGUGUGUUUGUAAGCUAUAUGCCACGUUUUGAGCCAGCCUCCAUCUUAAAAACCCUAUCCAGAUUUCCCAUUACGGUCUUCUGUUCACCUCCAACUGCCUAUCGGAUGCUUAUGCUAAAUUGGGAGUCCAGAUAUAAGUUCAAAAGUCUGAAGCAUUGUGUGAGUGCUGGAGAGCCAAUGAACCCUGAAGUGUCUGAGCAGUGGAAAAACAGGACGGGGCUGGACAUCUAUGAGGGAUAUGGACAGACAGAAACGGUGCUAAUCUGUGGAACUUUCAAAGGAAUGAAGAUUAAAAAUGGUUCAAUGGGAAAGCCUUCUCCAGCUUUUGAUGUUAAGAUUAUAGAUGAAAAUGGCAGUAUCCUGCCCCCUAAACAAGAAGGAAUUAUUGGCAUCCGAGUUCUACCUAACCGACCACUUGGUUUAUUUGCUGGUUAUGUUGAUGAGCCUUUCAAAACAGCUGCAACGUUCUGUGGGGAUUUCUACAUGACUGGUGACAGAGGAUAUAUGGAUGAAGAUGGAUAUAUCUGGUUUACUGGAAGAUCAGAUGAUAUUAUCUUAUCCUCUGGAUAUCGAAUUGGUCCUUUUGAAAUAGAAAAUGCUCUAGCUGUGCACCCAGCAGUCCUGGAGUCAGCAGUGGUCAGCAGCCCAGACCAAAUCAGAGGAGAGGUAGUAAAGGCCUUUGUGGUUCUCAAGCCUGACUAUAAGUCACAUGACCCAGAAAAAAUGAAAAAUGAGCUUCAGGAACAUGUCAAAAGAAUGACGGCACCAUACAAAUAUCCCAGAAAGGUGCAAUUUGUUCAUGAGCUGCCAAAGACCAUCAGUGGAAAAAUAAAAAGAAAUGAAUUGCGGAAGAAAGAAUGGGGAAAAGUCUAGUUUUACUUGAUUACAUAAUACCAUAAUACCUGUAAAACCCAUAUAUUUUCUGGAACUUAAACCCUAAAGAUGAAAUAAAUAAUGGAUGCUUCAUGGAUUCAUGGUUUUAUGAACAUCUUGUGGUAGCAAUGUUACGAAGUAGAAUUCUGAAGUAAAAUAAAAUAUUCUGUGAUUGA